AUGAAUUAUUCAGAGAAGUUUAUAUAUAAAGAUAGUGAAGUUCAUUUCAGAUCAGAUUAUGGAUGUUCACCCGAAACAGCCAAUAUUCUUUUUGAAAUGCUUAGUCCUCAUGGCGUCAAAAUGGAUUGGUUAUUAUGGAUGCUACAAGAUUUGGUAUGUUUCGAAAAAAUUGAACAACCUAAUAUCAAAAGAUCUUUUGGUAAGCAAUUCUCGAUUGAUAAAUUCAAACACCUUUCUUCGAACUCAAGAAGAUUUAAAAAGAAUAAAACAGAGACUCUCAAUGACAAUGUUUAUGCGUAUUUAGCAUUGGAUACAACUUUGUGCCCUGUCCCAGCUCCAGACUAUCAUGAUCCAGACAAUAAGUUACUCUAUAGUAAAAAACAUGCCACACAUGGUUUUAAAUACGAGGUGGCAAUUGGUCUCCAAGAUGGUUUAGCAUAUAGAGUGUAUGGUCCGUGUAUGGGUAGUAAACAUGAUUAUUCAAUCCUUGCUGAUUCAGGUAUUAUAGAAGAGCUUGAAGAUACCGAAGCUAUUAUUGCCGAUUUAGGGUAUGUUGGAGAAGAAUAUAAUGGUUAUAUUUUAACUUCAUGCAAAGAUACAGGUGACCUAUCUAAAGAAGAAAAACUCUGGAAUUUGUACAUCUGUUCAAACAGAGCAAUUGUGGAGAAUUUCUUUAGUAGAUUAAAAAUUUUUAAAAUCGUAUCUCAAACUUUCAGAGCAGAUUUUGAAAAACAUAUACAGGUUUUUUCAAUAUGUGUAUGGCUUACUAAUCGCAAUAUCAGUGAAAGUCCUCUUCGUUAA